UGUUGUCACAUGGCCCAUUGCAAUUUAUUAAAUAAUCAGUAAAUAUUAGAUAAAUUUCCCAGCUUUAUAUAAGAUGAUGAUUUAUCCAAAGUUGUUCCUUUGAAAGAGAGAGAGAGAGAGAGAGAGAGAGAGAGAGAAUCUAAGAAUGUCAGCUUCCAUAUAUUAUCCAUGUUAGAGAUCAAUGCAAAUAGUUCAUUUAGUGUCAUUAUUUGCUUAUCCGUUUCACUCCUGUCAAGCAUGAAUAUUAAGAACUCUGUACUGGAAGCAGUCUGCAUGCAAGUGGAUGGACUUGGCCCCUUACCUGUAACUCUACCUGUAUUUGUCAAUCAUUAAUUUCUGAGAUCAGGAAGACAAUCAGGAACUUCCUUAGCACAGAGCAGAUCCAACGCACUGGCCAUCUUUUGCUGCUGUUUUUUUUUUCUUUUCUUUUCUUUUCUUAAAUUAGUCUGAGCCAAGUUAAAAAAAAAAGGCCCAAAUCCUGUUAUAGAGCUGCUGGUUUCCUGAGAUCAGAACAAUGACCAGGAAAGUAGACAACUGCAGCCUGAUGGGUGCUGAGAUCCCACUUUCAUCUGAGUUCUUUAAAGUGAUUAAGAACGAGUUGUGGUUGUACCUCGUCCCAGCCGUGCUGGCUGUACUGCUCCUGGCUUUGUUUCUGGAGGAGGUUGGCUUCUUCCUCCGCAACGUGCCUUCGUCCAGAAGAAGGCGCCUCAGCCUGUGGAUCCUGGGCAUGUAUCCGGUCUUUGGAAUGACCUCCAUCAUUGCACUAUACGUACCUCGGUCCUCCUCGUUGUGCAAUUUUAUAGCUUCUUUAUAUCACUCCAUUACACUGUUGAAGUUCAUGGGUCUUAUUGAAAACUUCUUUGGAGGGAAGGCCCGGAUGUUUGAGGUGCUGGCAGGGGAAAAGGUUUCUCCCGACCCUUUUCCCUGCUGUUGCUGCUGCUGUUUGCCCCUCAUCAACAUUAACAAGACAAGUCUGGGAUGGAUGAUGGCUGCAGUCCUCCAGCUCUCUGUGGUCAGAACUCUCGUAUUCUUCAUCACUCUCGUCCUCUGGACUGAUGAACGAUAUGACUAUGGGGACGUUGAUUCAGUUGAUCCUAACAUUUAUGUAAAUGCAAUCAUUGGCGUGUCCACCUUCCUGUCCUACUAUGGCUACCUGCUGUUUUACAAGGCAACCAGGAGAGCCCUGCACGGCUAUGGGCUUCGAGCCAAAUUUGUUUGCAUCAUUGUUGUCUUAGUCCUGUGUGGACUUCAAAAUGGAAUUUUGGAAACUAUGGGGGCACUAAAAGUUGUGCCCUGUGCACCUCCCUUCUCUGCUCUGGUUCGCUCUCAGCUAAUCUACCACUAUUCAGUAAUCGUGGAGAUGUUCUGCAUCAGCCUCUUUGCUCGCAACAUAUUCCGUAAAGUGGAGCCCACUCCAGAGGAUGCAUAUGUCCUUGAGGAGGGAAUCGUCAGUCAUAAGGCAGUUCAAACAGAAGCUCAGUUGCCCCUUGCAGUUCAGCUCAGCUCUCAGGCAGAGGAGGCAUGGUGCGCUAACCCCGGCUACAGCAGCGAUAGUGAAGACAGCCUGUGCAGAAUUGAACAUGCUCCGCUGGACCGCUUUCCUUUUCCCUUACAGUCCAAGCCUCUGGAUUUGUCAGAGAGAGACAGUGAUAAGCUACCUGAGGAGUGUAAGAGCACAGAACCUUCAACCAUAACUGUCAGUGCUGAAAUCAACUAUGUGGCAAAUACUGAUGUCACUGUUGUAUAGCAGCAGACGUAUUAAGCCAGAUACAACCACUGAUGUUAUCUCUCUACACUCAUCUUCUGUCAGUGGCCGUAUUAAAGCCCAAAAUGACAAACUGCAAAGAUCCCUGAUAGUUCUCAAUCUCUGUGCUUCAAUCCGUAAACCAUUGCUCUAAGUAUGGGCACGUUUUAUAUGACAUGAUUUUAUAUGUUGUAUAUCACUGUAAACUACUUUACUCACAAACUUGAUGAUAUAUUGCAGUUGUUUUGUAUAAUACAGAACUUGACAGAAGUGUAAAAACAAAAACUAUACUAAAUAUAAGAAAAUAUGGUUAAUGUUAGGGUUUUUUUGUUGUUGUAAUAUCAGUAUUUGUAGAAGAGCACACUAUUUGCAUAAUGUGCUGUUUUUAUGGAACUAUGAAGAAAGUCCAUUCUCUGGCAAACAAACUGAAAAUAGGGGACUGUAUUGAAUAUCCUCAGUUUACAUGUGUAUAAAGAAUUUGCCACAGAUAAUGUAAAAAUUAACAAUAAAUAUUUUAUGAUCUAUCCUUGUGAUCAUUUCAUGUAAUUAAACAUGUCCUUGGGUGAGAAAAGAACAGUGUAGACAAGUGUUCACCAAUUUGAACAUAAAAGUUGCCCCAUAUUCAUAAAAGAGAUGUAAAAGGGUCUCUCUAUUAUAGCUACAAAACAACACUUGAUCUCGGGAAAAAACUCGAGGUUAGCGAUUCAUGAUUCAGUCAGGUAUAAAUCUGCAGUGUAGUAGUGUACACCUGUAAGUAAUAGUGCAUUUUAUUAGUCCUGAUUUGUGAAUUCUGAUGAUGUAGUCCUUGAGUACGAACACCACACAAAUCAACCAGCCUGUUUUGUGAAAUAAUUCACAGUCAUAUUUUUGUCCAUCACUACACCAGCACGAUGAAAAACAGUGGUUUUUGAACUUGGUGUGCUCUUUCAAAUACUGAAUCUGUCUUUAAUUAUGUAGUUUCACAUGUUUUAGGCAUUACCUGAUUUGUGAAAACUUUCACAAAAAGAAUAUGGCAUAUCUGAUAGCUCAGAACAGCUGUAGAACCACUGCGGUACUCUGAGGUAAAAGGGGAUUUCAGUGAGGGGACCAAGUACUGAAACAUGAAUCCAUUUUUAUCGGUUAAUUUUGAUAAUUAAUUUUGAUUUAAGAAUGUAAAGAAAAGUUGUGAUUGGGGGAGGCAAUUUCCAAUAAAAAUAAUAUACUGCAAAACAUUAUAAAUUAUAAUGUUUUGUAGCAUUAUUGUUUUGUUAUAUACAAAAAAAAAAUGUAAAUAAAUGCUAACGAAAAUGUGGACUCCUGACCAUCACACCUAUAUAUUGUACAGGAUGUCUUUGUAUGCUGUAGCAUUACAAUUUCCCUUCACUGGAAAUAAGAGGCUCAAACAUAUUCCAGCAUGACAAUGCCCCUGUGUGCAAAGCGAGGUCCAUAGUCAUGUUCCAAAAUCUAGUGGAAAGCCUUCCCAGAAGAUUGGAGGUUAUUACAACAGCAAAGAGGAGACUAAAUCUGGAAUGGGACAUUCAACAAGCACAUGGGUGUGAUUAUCAGGCGUCCACAUAGGCUACCUGCACUAUAGUGUAACUUUUUAAGAAAACUUGUGAAAUGUUCAAAAUGUUUAAUGUCUUUUUUUAAAUAAGAAUAAAAGAAAUAUAGACAGAAGCUUCAAUCAAAACAUUUUACAUUCUCAACUCAAAACUAACCAAAGGUUAACUGAUAAAAAUGCAUUAAUGUUUCAGUGCUUGGUCUCCGUACUGGAAUAUCUUAUUUUUUCAUAUAGUGGUAGGUCUAGAGCUGUAUUGAGCUAUUAAAUAUGCCAAAUUCUAUUUAUUGAAAGUUUUCACAAAUCGAGCUCUCUCCAAAAAAGUGGAUUUUCAUAGACGUUAUAGAGUCUCAAAGACAAAAACGCCUAUA